AUGGUCCACAAUCAUCCCUUUGCACCAUGGGGAAGUUUCGCUGCCACAGCUCAGCCUACGGUCACAGUUGCUUCUGCUACUAGCAACAUUACCACAUCGACUGCCGCUGCGUCGGCCACGGUCGGAAACUCUUUCAUGCGAUCUGCUCAACCUACAAUGGUACAGUCGCAGAACCAAUUGCAUUAUCAACAUCAAUUUUAUCUCCAACAGCACCAACAGUAUCUGGCUGCGGCUAGACAACAACAAGCCCAAGCACAGGCUCAGCAAGUACAGCAAACCCAGCAGCAAAGGGUAGCUUUCCCUACCUUUCCUGCUGUAAAUCCCACUGUUUCAUCUACUUCCUCUCAAAAUGAUCCUAAAUCUCAGCCUUCCUUUCCGCCUCCUCCUCCAUCUACAUCAAAUUCAACUCCUUCCAUCUCUUCUACUCCCACAGCUAAUGGCACUAGUUCGAAACCCAUUUCUACUACGGCAAAUCUAGCUUCUUCAAAUGUCACAACAAAUACCCCUGCGGCUCUGCCACAAAUCCCGGAAGACUUGCUCCUUAAACUUGAUCCCUCACUGGCUGAACAGAAGCCUUCUGUUGAUCCUGCAAUCGAGAAACCCUAUCAAUGUGACCAGUGUUUCAAACGCUAUUCAGGAAUGAAGUCGUUGAAGAAUCACAAGCUAACCCAUAGCGAUAUCCGUCCCCAUAAAUGCUCCUUCUGUCAGAAGGCUUUUCUUCGAGCGGAUAAAAUGCGAAUGCACGAAAUCUCCCAUCUAAAUGUUAAACCCUUUGAAUGUGCUACGUGCAAGCAGAGAUUCACCAGGUCGGAUAAACUUAAAAUUCACCAUCGAACUCAUACUGGUAUUCGACCGUAUGCCUGUUCCUAUUGUCCGAAACGCUUUACCAGGUCGGAUAAGUUAAAAAUCCACGAGAGAAUUCACACAAAGAUCAAACCCUACGAGUGUAUUCAUUGCGGAAAGUGUUUCGCUCGCUCCGACAAGCGACGAUUGCAUGAGAAGACGCAUUUGUAUGGACCUCGACCACGAGCGAAUAAUGGGGUCAGAAAAUCUAAAGCUGCGGCCGCAGCACUUGCUGCUGGUGCUAACAAUAUUGCGAAUAAUAUUUCUUCAUCGUCAAUUUCUGUUGUCCCAUCUGCAAAUCCUCUUCCUGUUUCUGGUUUCGGAUUUUUAUCAGCUAAUCCCGGUGCUGCUACUACUACUCUCUUUGCUGCACAGAACUUCCCUAUUGUUGCCAUAAAUCCGGUGGUUAAUGGAACUGCCAUUGUUUCUAGUAGUAGUAAUACCAACAGCAGCGUUAAUCCUUCUCUCUCAGUGUCUUCAAUUACCCCUGUAGCAUCGACUUGUAAUGUAAAUAGUAGUACUUCUGCCACGAGUUCGAAUACCACUCCUGCAGCAGCGGCUGCGAUCACAGCUUAUCCUCAAUUUGCCCAACAGAUGCACUAUCCUGUUUUUAUGGCUGCCAAUCCAGCUACACCCUUUGUCUGUGUCGCUUCCUCCACGGCAACACCAAAUCAAGGAAAUAACAACACUGUGACGACAAGCACUACUACUACUACUAAUUCUACUAACAACAAUAGUAGUACGACUGUGACGAAUAACAUUGCAGCAGUGAUGGCAGCCGCGGCACUUGGACGUCAAUUUCAGACUUCUCAGGGUACCGCCACUAAUGCAGCUCAAAGUAUGAUGGCCCAGCCUUAUGCUCACCAUCAGAUGCAUUUCCAGAAUCAGCAGGCUGCAGCUGUCCAACAACAGCAAACUCAGUUAUAUUAUCAGAGGCAACAGCAGCAAACACAGCAGGGAGCAACUGUUACACCUCAGCAGCAGUACGCUUAUGCUGCACAGCAGUAUCAGCAAUAUCAUCCAGCAGCAUAUACUACUCAAACACAAAAUCAGGAACAACAUCAUAGCCAGCAACAACAGACGUCCCAUCAACAGUAUGCCGCUAUGCUUCAAGCUCAUCAACAAGCUGCUCAUAUGCGGCAGCAUGCGUUUAGCUUCUUCCCCUCGAAUAGAAGUAAUACUAGUAAUGGAGCUCAAUUCAGCUUUAGUGGUACCACAUCAGAGCAGUCCCAGCAGCAGGCUCAAUCGACACAGAAUACCUCUACUAAUCAGCAAGUUCAACCACAGACUACGCAACAGCACCAACAAAUUUUAGCGGCUCAACAGCAAUACUUGCAGCAACAACAGCACUACGCCCAACAAAUGGCAGUGGUUGCUGCACAACAUAGAGCAGCAGCUGUAGUAGCGGCAUUCUCAAACACCGUGACGUCAGCAACGUCACAGACGUCGAAUACGACGAAUAACACGACGUCUACGUCUGUUGCUAAUAAUUCAUCAACAACUGGUUGA